UGUCGGUCAUUGGCCAAUCACAAGUCUCCAUUCUGAAGCGUGCCGUUCACCACUCAACAGCUAACCAGCUAAUAUAUUGACAGAGAGCUAAAAACAAGUGUUUGUUUUAUUUUGACCAUUCAUGCCUAGUUCAUUACCUCGGAAAACCAUCUAAGAAUUUAACAACAUACGGCACCAUGGUUGGUGUUAAAGUUAUCGGAAGUGACCCGGACUUCCAGCCAGAGCUAGCGGCCGCCGGUUCCAGACUCGCCGUGGUAAAGUUUACAAUGGCCGGGUGUCGGCCCUGCGUCAGAAUAGCUCCAGCUUUCAACGCACUGAGCAACAAGUAUCCUCAGGUCGUCUUCCUCGAAGUGGACGUUCAUGUGUGUCAGGCGACAGCAGCAGCCAACAACAUCUCAGCCACACCUACAUUCUUGUUCUUUAGGAACCGGGUUCGAGUGGAUCAGUACCAGGGAGCAGACGCUGCAGGUCUGGAGGAGAAGAUCAAACAGCACACAGAAAACGACCCGGGGAACAACGAGGACUCCGACAUUCCAAAAGGAUACAUGGACCUCAUGCCUUUUGUGAACAAAGCUGGCUGUGAGUGUCUCAACGAGAGCGACGACUGCGGCUUUGACAACUGCUUAAUCAAAGACUCGUCCUACCUGGAAUCUGAUUGUGAUGAGCAGCUGUUGAUAACCAUCGCCUUCAACCAGCCGGUCAAGCUGUUCUCCAUGAAGCUGCAGUCCUCAAACUUCGCUCAAGCUCCAAAGAUGGUGAAGAUCUUCAUUAAUCUUCCUCAGUCCAUGGGCUUUGAUGAUGCUGAGCGGAGCGAAGCCACUCAGACUCUGGACCUGACUGAGGAAGACUACAAAGAGGAUGGUCUGAUUCCUCUGCGUUAUGUCAAGUUUCAGAAUGUGCAGAGCGCUACGUUGUUUGUCAAGUCGAACCAGGGGGAUGAGGAAACCACAAAGAUCAACUACCUUACGUUCAUUGGCACUCCUGUACAGGCUACCAACAUGAACGACUUUAAACGGGUUGUGGGGAAGAAAGGUGAGAGUCACUGAGCAGAACCAAGAAAAGGGGAGAUGACCAGAGGAGAGGAGGAGACAGCAGCAGUCCGUCAGUGGAUUCUGUCUGCCAAAGCUGCCACAUGCUCAACUAUUAAAAAGACCACACCCAGAUCCUCCAGCACUGCACCUCCUGCUCUCAAUGUCUGUCUCUGGAGACUUGGUCUAUAAAUCAUUUAUAUUGUAAUUCUGAUGAAAUCUCUGUAAAUAAAACACAGUCCUUUUUUCAAAGGCA